AAUAUUUUUAAUCGUUAUUUAUAAAGUUUUGAAUUAUAUAUCGGACAUGGAGAAUUAUGUAGUUAUUUUGCUUCUGUGUGGAAUUGUUUUGCUUGAGGAAUUCUAUGGAUAUACUGUAUAACAAACAAUUGUUCAAAUUAAGAUCGAAAAUGUUAAAGAGGAAACACAAUGUAAAAAUGAAAUGAAGAACAUGAAAGGAAAACUGGAAUCGAUUAAAGAGCACAAUAAUGCUUUUCGUACAGAAAUGGAAGAUAAAUUCUAUACUUACAGGAAAGAAAUAAAUGAAGCUAAGAAAGUAAUUUACACCCACAGACCUGGGUUUUAUGCAACACUGUCGUCGGCAAUCAGUUUAGGUCAGACUCAGAGAAUAGAAUUCGACAAGAUAAUAACUGACGUAACAAAGAGUUAUAAUAACAUUACCGGAGUGUUUACACUGCCAAAGGACGGACUAUAUCAUUUUUCGGUCACGAUACUCUCGAGUAGUGGUGCGGUUCAUGUCGAAAUAAUGCAGAAUCACCAAGUGAUUGGUCAAAAUUAUGGAUCAACCUCUUACGUUUCAGCAACCUCUAAUAUAGUUAAUUCUUGCAAGCAGGGAGAUUUUGUGUUUGUACGCCAUAUGGAGGGACAUUGAAAUGAAAACAUUAUAGGAGAGGGAUAUACAGCAUUCUCUGGAUUUUCAAUUGAUUUGUUAAACGGGAGAUGAGACAACUAAGAGUGUCACUCAAAAGAGUACUGAUUCGAUAUCAAAUUUUCUUAUAUUUUGUUUUCCUUAUAUUGUCAUUAUUUUCCAGACGUAUUACACGUACAAAAUCAAUUACAAUUGAUACACUAUAACAAGAAAGACCAAGACUAGUUUGAUGUAUUUUAAUUUAUUAUUUGAAUUUAAGCAUAUCUUGAUUUUAUUGAUCAGUUUCUUUCGCUGUAAUAAUUGGGCAUUUUUGUUAUUUGCUGGUGGUUUUGUCAAAAACAUGCCAUGUCGUCUUCCUUUCGAUUAUUCAUUUUCGUGAAUCGUUUAACUUUUUUGCUAUUCAUGGACUUUUAACUCAUGGUUUACCAAAAUAAUAAACUUUUUAAUAGUUCAAAUUUCGCAGCAAAAACAUAUUUUUUUAAAGUUCUUUCCUUCUCAAUCAGAGAAAUCGGAGUUUUUAAAAUCAGCUCAACUGUACAAUGAUUAUUAUGACAGUCACUAUUUAUUUUAGAAAAUUAAAAAAUAG